GCCCGUCCUUGUCUUUAGUUGCGGGAGGCUGCGGGUUCUGCGCGGAGUUAGAGAAGGACAGUGUAUGUACACGGUGUAAGAGGUGGGAAAGCUCCCUGAGGCUGCUUUGAGGCUUUAUCGAAGUUGGACAUCCCUGUCACAAAAAAGUUCGGAAUUGUUGAGAAGAGUCCCAAUGGGCGGGGAGAAAAAACCCAUCAAAACCAAUCAAACAAAACAACAACAACAAAAAGUAAAGCUAUAUCUUAAUGCAUUAGUAACUUAAGUUUUUUGGCACCUUUUUUUCCCCUGUAACGUAGUUUAUUAAAUUUUGCAAAGGAAAUCUAAUUCAGCCCAUGCUCAGAAUGGAGCACCAGCCCCUGCUCAGAGGGUCUAGCUCGCCCUGCAAGCUCCCCAGCUGGACGUUGUUCCUGGCUGUUUGUGCUGUUGGAAUUGGAGGCACCUUUCAGUACGGGUACAAUGUCUCCAUUAUCAAUGCACCCACUCAGGCAAAGAGCAAGAGCCUCUGAUUACAGAUACAUGCCAGUUCAAGAGUUUCUAAAGGCAAAUUUUAGAAAACCAAGCAUGUGGAAUAACAGCUUCAAAGUUCUGACACAUGAAUACUGUAAGCAUAUACACAAGUUCUUAAACGAGACCUGGAGUAGUCGUUAUCACAAGGAGCUAAAUCCAGAUUUGCUGACUUUUCUUUGGUCUGUCAUCGCUUCCAUCUUCUCCCUCGGAGGCCUGUGUGGAGCCCUGAUUGGAGGCAGCAUGGCCAUUCGCCUGGGCAGGAAAGGAGCUCUUUUGAUGAAUAAUGUUAUAGCAAUACUAGCCUCCAUUUUAAUGGGGAUCAGUUUUCCUACAGGAUUGUUUGAGUUACUGAUUGCUGGAAGGUUUUUGAUUGGCAUAAAUUCAGGUAUUGGGCUCUGUGUGCAGCCUCUUUAUAUUGGGGAGUUUGCCCCAAAACACCUAAGAGGUGGCUUGGCCAUGGGGACUUCCAUCUUUCUGACUGGGGGAAUUCUGACAGGACAAGUAAUUGGUUUGAGAGAAUUAUUGGGUGGAGAAGAGCAUUGGCCUCUGUUGCUAUCCAGCAGCUGUAUUCCAGCAUUAGCCCAACUGUUAUUCCUUCCAUGGUUUCCUGAAAGUCCCAGAUAUCUUCUUAUUGACAGAGGUGAUGAGCUGAGCUGUGCCAAAGCUUUGAAACGAUUUCAUGGUUCCUCAGAGUAUCGAAGGGAGAUGGAAGACAUCCAGCGGGAAUGCUUUGCCUUAGAUGGGGAGAAACCCAAGAAGCCCUGGCAGCUGUUCAGUGACCGUGCUGUGAGAUGGCAGCUCAUCACUGUCAUCGUGAUGACAAUGGGCCAACAGCUCAGUGGCAUUAAUGCUAUUUAUUUCUAUGCAACUUACGUUUUUGAACAAGCUGGGAUCGUGGCAGAAAAAAUCCCGUAUGUGACACUUGGCACUGGAGUUUGUGAAUGUCUCACAGCCCUCUCCUGUGGUUUGCUGAUAGACUAUGUGGGAAGAAGAUGCCUUAUCAUUGGGGGUUAUCUCCUCAUGACGCUCUGGUGCGCUGUUCUGACCUUCUCUCUGACUUACCAGGAGCUGUACUCCUGGGUGCCUUACAUGAGCAUGAUGUGUGUAUUUGCCUUCAUCUUGAGCUUUGGGCUGGGCCCAGGUGGCAUAACAAACACCCUGACAGCUGAGUUAUUUGUACAGUCCUCACGUCCUGCUGCCUACAUGAUUGCAGGGACUGUGAGCUGGAUUAGUUUCUUCACAGUUGGAAUGCUCUUUCCCUUCAUCGUGAAUGGACUGAAGCAGUAUUGUUUUGUGGUGUUCUUACUGGAGUGCUUCUUUGUUGCUGCUUUCAUCUUCCUCAUAAUUCCUGAGACAAAAAACAAAUCCUUUCUGGAAAUCAAAAAGGAAUUUCACAAGCUUAAUUUUGGAAGAAAUGCCAGGAAAAAGGAAACGGAGCUUUAUGAAAGAAGGCAACUUCAAGAUGAAUUUUUAAAGAUUUCUGCCUAAUUUCACAAAUGCAAUAGAACUUUGGUGAGAAUUAUGAACCUUGUAAUACAUGAUCAAGUGGCUUAUUAAAUCUUCCUGUGUAUUUAGAGAAAGUGUAACUAAAGGCACAUUAGUACUGCUGAAAACACUGUUAAAACGUGUAUUGCUGAAAUACAACUAACAACAUAUUGUAUUAUCCACAGAAAACAUCUUUAGCUGUAACCUGGUGCUGUAGGGAUGCAGAAAUGCCAGGGAGGAUGUUCAGUGAGCCCCUCUGGCAGAUUUCUGCAGGUAAUUCAGCAACUCUUCUUGCAUUUCAAAGCCCUGUCUUCAGCUUGGGUCAUUGGGCGUAUCCAAAUGCUUUGCUGAGUGUAACAUGGUGAGUUCUUCUUAAAACCCACACAAGAACUGAUAGCUGAUAUUUGAAAUAUUCCAGUUUAUGCAGAAAUAGUGGUAUUGAGUUUCUGUUUUUCCAGUUAUGUCAUUUUGAAAGCCUUAAAGACAUUCCUCAUCCAGUCCUACUACUGUACUGUGCAAUGAAAGUACAGCACCUCUCUGAUUACUGGUAUUUGGAAUAAAAACUUGUAUCCUGAUAAAA